AUGAAGUUCACUGCCUCCAUCAUCGCCUCUGCCCUGGCUGUCACUGCCUCGGCCUUUGACAAGAACCAGCGUAUAAUAGCCUGGGGCAAGCGUGACUACAGCUGCGUCAACGUCUACCAGGGCAUCCCCGACAACUCCACCGUCGCUCCGGGCACCAAGCUGGACAUUCGCUUCAACCGUGUUUCCAGCAACUGCGACGACAUUCUCAACCAGUAUCCGGGUGGCAACUACAGUGUCUGGCUGUACAACAACCCCGUGCGGGCCCCCAACACGGUCAACUUUGACCAGUCGAUCAAGAUCACCGAUGGCAUUCCCGAGAAGGAUGGCGCGGUCACCAUCACCAUUCCCAACGUUCCUGCUGUGAAGGAUGACUCUGUCUGGUAUCUGCGUUUGGGCACUGACUUGCCCACUGCUCCUCAGAUGCCCACUCUGUACAACGCCGCCGGUCCCUUCACCAUCAAGGCUUAG